AUGGGCAUCGUGGAGCUCGGCUGCGGAGACAUGCUAACGGGCACCGAGCCGAUGCCGGCGAACGACGAGGGCCGGGCGCCAGGCGCCGACCCGCAGAACCGCUACUUCUACCCGGAGCCGGGCGCGCAGGACGCCACCGACCGUCGCGGGGGUGCCGGCCUGGGGGCGCCCUACGCCGGGGGCGCCCUGGUGCCCUCCCCGCCAGGCCGCUUCCUCGGAGCCUACGCCUACCCGCCCCGGCCCCAGGCCGCCGGCUUCCCCGGGACGAGCGAGCCCUUCCCGCCGACGCCGGGCGCCGAGGGCUACCAGUCGGGGGACGCCUACUCGGCUCCGGACCCGCGCGCCACACUCUACCCGGCGCCGCGCGAGGACUAUACACUGCCGGCGGGGCUGGAGGUGUCCGGGAAGCUGAGAGUUGCGCUCAACAACCACCUGUUGUGGUCCAAGUUUAAUCAGCACCAGACGGAGAUGAUCAUCACCAAGCAGGGACGGCGGAUGUUCCCAUUCCUGUCAUUUACUGUGGCUGGGCUGGAGCCCACCAGCCAUUACCGGAUGUUUGUGGACGUGGUCUUGGUGGACCAGCACCACUGGCGGUAUCAGAGCGGCAAGUGGGUGCAGUGUGGAAAGGCUGAGGGCAGCAUGCCAGGGAACCGCCUGUACGUCCAUCCAGAUUCCCCCAACACCGGAGCCCACUGGAUGCGCCAGGAGGUGUCAUUCGGGAAACUGAAGCUCACGAACAACAAGGGGGCUUCCAAUAAUGUGACCCAGGUGGGACGCCUCCCCUUGGGAAAGCCCCCAUCUUUCCCUGUCCCUGAGGCCACAGUGCGUCCUGCAGGCUGAUUCUGUUCUGUAAGAGCGACUUGUCUCCCUCUCAGACUCUGGUUCUUUUCCACCCACCUUGAGAGGAAGCUGACUCUCAAGGCAGAUGGGGGUCACAUUCAGGUCAAUGUGGACCAACCCAGCCUGGGGGUUGGUAUCGAGUCAGUACUGGUGGUCCUAGGAAGUGGAUGCAGAGUUUCUUUGAAUUGAGCAAGCCUAUUAAAAGUGCCCUUGGUGCCCUGAGGAGGUUCAGGACUGAGGUUGGAGGCUCGGGAGAAGUUCCAUGUUGGCAGG